AUGACAGUGAUACUAUUGGUGUCCAUCCUAUCCCUGACAACCAAGAAUUCCUGCCUUCAAAGGAUUUGGGUGUUAAACAUUGAACUUGGCAUAAGGUUUGCAUCAGCUAAAGAUUUCAGGCUUGCACUUAGGGAUUAUGUAAUAAGGAAAAAGUUUGAUAUAAAAUUCAAAAAAAAUGAUGGUGAUAAAGUGUCUGCAGUGUGCUCGGAAGGUUGUGGCUGGAGGAUAUAUGCAAGUCAUGUGGCACUUCAAAGUACUAUUGCAAAGGAGUUAGACAUUGAUGUGUCCACAUACAAAGCGCGUAGGGCAAAGAAAAGGGCAUUAAGCAUUUUUGAGGGUGAUGAAGCUGAACAGUAUUCAAAGUUGAGGGAUUACUGUGCAUUGAUCCAAACAACCAAUCCUGGAAGUCGUGCAACAAUAGGUGUUGAUCCUACGUCUUAUGAUAAUGAAAUCAAGACCUUCCAAAGAAUUUUUAUUUGUUAUGCUGCAGUGAAGAAGGGAUUUAGAUAUGGUUGUAGACCAUUCCUUGGUGUUGAUGGGUGCUUUUUAAAGGGAGCAUAUGGUGGUCACCUACUGUCUGUUGUGGCUUAUGAUGGGAAUGACCAAAUGUUUCCUGUUGCUAUUGCAGUUGUAGAGACUGAAACAAAAGACUCUUGGAGCUGGUUCAUGACAGAGUUAAUGGAGGCUGUUGGACCUCACUUUGACAUCACCUUCAUGUCAGAUAGACAGAAAGGAUUAGUUAAUAAUUUUGAUACCAUUCUAUAUGGGGCUGAACAUAGAUUUUGUGUAAGACACCUCUAUGAAAACUUCAAACUAAAAUAUAGAGGACAAAAUCUGAAAAAUGAGGUUUGGGAAGCAGCUCAAUCAUACACAGAAGCUGAUUUUGAGUUACAUAUGAACAAGAUUAAAGAGAUGAAUGCUAGAGCAUAUGAGUGGCUGAGGAGAGUGCCACCAAAUGUAUGGACAAGGUCCAGUUUUGGUUGUCAUUCAAAAACAGCUUUGGUCAUAAACAAUAUGUGUGAGUCUUGGAAUGAAGUGAUUCUUCCUGCAAGGGAUAAGUCUAUUCUAUAUAUGUUAGAAUGGAUUAGGAAGCAUCUGAUGUUGAGGUUUAAAAAAAAAAGAGACUUCAUAAAUUCAAAGUGUGGGUUGUUAUGUCCAGACAUUCAGGAAAAAAUAAACAAGAGGAAAAGAAGUGCAAGAAUCUGUAAAGUGCAUUAUGCUGGUGAUGACAAAUAUGAGGUGGAAUGUAGAGGAAUUAGUGAGGCAGUAAACAUUGGGAAGAACACAUGCACUUGUAGGAUAUGGGAUGUUUGUGGUAUCCCUUAUAAUCAUGCUAUUGCAUGCAUAUUUGCAAGGAGGGAACUACCAGAGAUAUAUGUUGAUUCAUACUAUCAUAGAGACACAUAUUUGAAGACCUAUGAAAACUUGAUAUAUCCCAUUCCAAUAAGGAGACUAUUAAGUUCAGAACCCAUAGACCCAUUACUUCCACUUACCUAUAGGAAACCAAUUGGUAGACCAAAAAAGGCAAGGAACAAAAAAAGUGAUGACCCAAGUACUUCAACCACACUAAUUAAGUCAAGACCACAAUUGCAAUGUUCAAGAUGCAAUGAUUAUGGACACCACACAAGAACUUGCAAAGCAUCUGAACCAAUUUUGGUUGAGAAACUUCCACCCAAAAGAGGAGGAAGACCACCAUUAACUACUCGAGGAAGGGGUGAAAGAGCACCUGGGAGGAGUGCAUCAGUGCAAUCAAGAGGUAGUAGUUUAGCUAUAGGAAGGGGUGGUGGUUUGGUUAUGCAGUUAAGGGGUGGUGGUUCAGCAAUGGGAAGGGGUAGUGGUUCAGCUAUGCAGUUAAGGGGUGGUGGCUCUGUUAGGCAGUCAAGGGGUGGUGGUUCAGCUAUGGGAAGGACUGGUGGUUCAGUUAUGCAGUCAAGGGGUGGUGGCUCAAUUAUGUAG